UCUUUUUUUUGUUCGUUCUAAAUGAUCCAUUGCCAAACUGGGUGGUAACGUUCUUAUCCCUCUCUAGCUAGACAACUACAGAUAACUUACAGUCACGUCAAAGAGUGCAGCCAGAAAAGCAGCAAAGUAGCUGCAUUUCCAUUUGUUUUAGCUGUUUUCUAAUGACAUUUAUUUGGAUAAAUCCAUGACAAUGAGCUAAUGAUGCACAAUUUCACCUGGAAUAGAACAUGUGCUCUCUCGUCAGGAUUUUUGUUUUAGAUUCCAUCUCUCACAGUUGAAGUGUACCUAUGAUAAAAAUGACAGACCUCUACAUGCUUUGGAAGUAGGAAGUAGGAAAACCUGCAAAAUCGGCAGUGUAUCAAAUACUUGUUCUCCCCACUGUAUGUUUUAUUAUUUAGAAAAGUAUCGUGUUUUGGAAUGAAACUCUUCUUAUGUUUCCCCAUCUGAGCUCAGAGUAGAUGAGAGACAUAAUAUUUGUCUCUGUUGUGUUGAAGCCCAAUCAAGCAGGAGAGACCAGCCUCCCCUGUGCCCAGCGGUCUGUCCAUGAAGAGUGACCGGUCUAUGGGUACACCUAUACGGUUUAGAGAGGGAGACUUUUCUACUGAACAAAGAAACCAACAGGAGAGAUCAGAGUCAGAGAUUCUCAGUGGUCAGUCUUCCCAGAGUCAGCAAACAGACCUGAAACAACACCGAGUGACCUCAUCAAAUGAACUUGCUGUGAUUUGCCAACGUGAACUCAAAUCUAAUCUGAAGAAGAAGUUUCGAUGUGUAUUUGAGGGGAUCGCUAUACAAGGAAACCCAACACUUCUCAAUAAGAUCUACACAGAGCUCUACAUCACAGAGGGUGGAACAGGAGAGGUCAAUAAUGAACAUGAGCUGAGACAGAUUGAGACAACAACCAGGAAACAAGCAAGACCAGAGACUGCAAUCAAAUGUAAUGACAUCUUCAAGCCCUUAACUGGACAAGACAAACUUAUCAGAACUGUGCUGACAAAGGGAGUCGCUGGCAUUGGAAAAACAGUCUCUGUGCAGAAGUUCAUUCUGGACUGGGCUGAAGGAAAAGCAAAUCAGGAUGUCCAAUUUGUAUUUUCAUUCCCUUUUCGGGAGCUGAAUUUGAUGAAAGAGAAAAAACACACUUUGAUUGAACUUCUCAAUCACUUCUCAAUGGAAACCAAAGAAUCAAGAAUCUCCAACUACGACAAGUACAAAGUUCUGUUCAUCUUUGAUGGUCUGGAUGAGUGCCGACUGCCCCUAGACUUCCAGAACAACAAAAUCUGUUGUGACGUCACAGAGUCAACCUCAGUGGAUGUUCUGCUGACAAAUCUCAUCAAGGGAAAUCUGCUUCCCUCUGCUCUCCUCUGGAUAACUACCCGACCUGCAGCAGCCAAUCAGAUCCCUUCAGGUUGUGUUGACCAGGUGACAGAGGUACGAGGGUUCAAUGACCCACAGAAGGAGGAGUACUUCAGGAAGAGGUUCAGUGAUGAGGCCCUGGCCAGCAGAAUCAUCUCACACAUAAAGACAUCAAGGAGCCUCCACAUCAUGUGCCACAUUCCAGUCUUCUGUUGGAUUUCUGCAACAGUCCUUGAAGACAUGCUGAAACAUAAGAGAGAAGAGAUGCCCAAGACUCUGACUGAGAUGUACACACACCUUGUGGUGUUUCAUACCAAACAGAAGAAUGAAAAGUAUCUUGGGAAAGAAGAGACAGGUCCAGACUGGAAUAAAGAGAGCAUUCUGUCACUGGGAAAACUGGCUUUUCAACAGCUUGUGAACGGCAAUCUGAUUUUCUAUGAAGAAGACCUGAAAGAGGCUGGAAUUGAUGUCAAUGAAGCCUCAGUGUACUCAGGAUUGUGCACACAGAUCUUUAAAGAGGAAUGUGGGCUGUACCAGGACAAGGUGUACUGCUUCGUGCAUCUGAGCAUUCAGGAGUUUCUGGCUGCUGUAUAUGUGUUCCUCUCAUUCAUCAACAACAAUGAAAAUCUAAUGGCCGAACCUCAAACAACGUCCAGUAACGAUUUUCUACUGAAGACAGAAGUUACUGUCUACAAGAGUGCUGUGGAUGAAGCCUUACAAAGUGAGACAGGAAACCUGGACCUUUUCCUCCGCUUCCUUCUGGGCCUCUCACUGGAGUCCAAUCAGAAGUACUUACGAGGUCUGCUGACAAAGACAAGAAGCAGCUCACGGAGCCAUGAAGAAACAGUCAAGUACAUCAAGGAGAAGAUCAGGGAGAAUCCCUCUCCAGAGAGGUGCAUCAAUCUGUUCCACUGUCUGAAUGAACUGAAUGACCAUUCUCUAGUGGAGGAGAUCCAAAGCUACCUGAGAUCAGGAAGUGUCUCCAGUGAUGAACUCUCACCUGCACAGUGGUCAGCUCUGGUCUUUGUGUUGCUGACUUCAGAAAAGGAGCUGGAUGUGUUUGACCUGAAGAAAUACUCCAGAUCAGAGGAAGGUCUUCUGAGGCUGCUGCCAGUGGUCAAAGCCUCCAGAGUUUCUCUGCUGUCAGGCUGUGGAGUCACAGAGGAAGGCUGUGCUUCUCUGGUCUCAGCUCUGGAGUCAAAUCCCUCACACCCAAGAGAGCUGGAUCUGAGUAACAAUGACCUGAAGGAUUCAGGAGUGAAGCUGCUCUCUGCUGGACUGGGGAAUCCCCACUGUAAACUGGAGACUCUGAGGCUGUCAGGCUGUCUAGUCACAGAGGAAGGCUGUGCUUCUCUGGUCUCAGCUCUGAAGUCAAACCCCUCACACCUGAGAGAGCUGGACCUGAGUAACAAUGACCUGAAGGAUUCAGGAGUGAAGCUGCUCUCUGCUGGACUGGGGAAUCCCCACUGUAAACUGGAGACUCUGAGGCUGUCAGGCUGUCUAGUCACAGAGGAAGGCUGUGCUUCUCUGGUCUCAGCUCUGAGGUCAAACCCCUCACACCUGAGAGAGCUGGAUCUGAGCUACAAUCACCCAGGAGACUCAGGAGUCAGACUGCUCUCUGCUGGACUGGAGGAUCCACACUGCAGACUGGAGAAACUCAAUGUGGAACAUGGUGGAGAGUACGCAAUGAAACCUGGCCUUAGAAAAUAUGCAUGUGAUCUCACACUGGACCCAAACACAGUAAACAGACUCCUCUCUCUGUCUGAGGAGAACAGAAAGGUGACACGUGGGAGAGAGGAUCAGCCAUAUCCUAAUCACCCCGAGAGAUUUGGCUACAGGAAGCAGGUGCUGUGUAGAGAGGGUCUGACUGGGCGCUGUUACUGGGAGGUAGAGUGGAGUGGGAGAAGGGCUGUUAUAGGAGUGACAUAUAAAGGAAUCAGCAGGAGAGGAGAGGGUGAGGACAGUCUGAUUGGAUGGAAUGACAAGUCCUGGAGUCUGGUCUGCUCUGACAACCUUUACACUGCCUGGCACAAUACUAAUUCCACUACCAUGCCGUCCCCCCCCUCCAGCUCCCACAGAGUAGGAGUGUAUCUGGACUGGCCAGCCGGCACUCUGUCCUUCUACAGAGUCUCCUCUGACACACUGACCCACCUGUACACAUAUCAAACCACAUUCACUGAGCCCCUCUAUCCAGGGUUUCUGGUUUAUGACUCCUCAGUGUCCCUGUGUCAGGUGGUCCCUGUGUCAAACACAACAUGAUGUUUCCGUCUAAUCCUGGUCAUGUUCAGUAAGACACACUGGAGCAACAAUGUAGAAUAGCUCUCUAGUGUGUAAACAUGUGAUUGUAAAUAUUCAUGAAUAAACACCAUUGACGUUGUGAAACACAACUUGGACCUGCUGACGUCUGAGCGCGACAUAUGUUUGUUGUUGGAAGCUGAAAGCUGAACGAGAGGUCUAUUGUUUUUGUAAAGCUGACCGUGUUUUUAUAUUAUUUUAUGAUCCUGCAGCACUGUUGGGCUUAGCUUCUGUUAGUGCUGCUGUCUGUCCCGGGAUCCUGCAGCACUGUUGGGCUUAGCUUCUGUUAGUGCUGCUGUCUGUCCCAGGAUCCUGCAGCACUGUUGGGCUUAGCUUCUGUUAGUGCUGCUGUCUGUCCCGGGAUCCUGCAGCACUGUUGGGCUUAGCUUCUGUUAGUGCUGCUGUCUGACCCGGGAUCCUGCAGCACUGUUGGGCUUAGCUUCUGUUAGUGCUGCUGUCUGUCCCGGGAUCCUGCAGCACUGUUGGGCUUAGCUUCUGUUAGUGCUGCUGUCUGUCCCGGGAUCCUGCAGCACUGUUGGGCUUAGCUUCUGUUAGUGCUGCUGUCUGUCCCGGGUAUUGCAAUGUUUUUAAAAUUGUAUAAACUGCCUUAAUUUUGCUGGACCCCAGGAAGUAGAGAUGCUGCCUUGGCAGCUAAUGGGGAUCCACAAUAAAUAUAAACACAAAAUAAAAAUACAACAUGGCGUUUCCCUUUAAUCAUGGUUCAGUAUGACAUCAUGGUUCAGUAUGACAUCAUGGUUCAGUAUGACAUCAUGGUUCAGUAUGACAUCAUGGUUCAGUAUGACAUCAUGGUUCAGUAUGUCAUCAUGGUUCAGUACGACAUCAUGGUUCAGUAAGACAUCAUGGUUCAGUAUGACAUCAUGGUUCAGUAUGACAUCAUGGUUCAGUAUGACAUCAUGGUUCAGUAUGUCAUCAUGGUUCAGUACGACAUCAUGGUUCAGUAUGACAUCAUAGUUCAGUAAGACAUCAUGGUUCAGUACGACAUCAUGGUUCAGUACGACAUCAUGGUUCAGUAAGACAUCAUGGUUCAGUACGACAUCAUGGUUCAGUACGACAUCAUGGUUCAGUACGACAUCAUGGUUCAGUACGACAUCAUGGUUCAGUACAACACUCUUAGAAUAGCUCUCUAGUGUGUAAACAUAUGAUUGUAAAUAUUCAUGAAUAAACACCAUUGAAGUUGACAGACAUUGUCAACUAGAGUCUAAUAUAAUUAAUCACCACACUGUGUUGUAAAACUGUUUUCAUUUAGAAAUCAUUGAUCUUGUUGUUAUUGGGCUUCUUGAUGUUUGUACAUAUUGUUGUCUGUAGAAUGUUUGUUGCAUCAAGAAUUUAACAAAUAAUCUUGUUUGUGUUUAAACUCAAUUCCACUGAAUGAAAUGUACAUGUGACAAAUGUGACUAAUAAAGUUAAUCAACCAGAUGAAAGAA